UAACCGGAUAAAUGGUUUUUACGCAAUAUUCGACGUCGGUUAACCGUCCACUUAUCACAAAAUGACGAUAUUUAGAGCCGUCGUAGCUUUGGUGGUGAUUUGUUCGACCAUGGUCAUAGCUGACUAUACAGAUCCCAAAGAACCACCACUAUCAUUGUUACCGGAAAACCCAUUUUCAGGUCAAUUUCCGGAUCCUUGCAAAAGUCUUCUUUUUCCAUUUUCAUUUCCUUUGCCAGAACUCAUCAACAACUUUCCACCCCCAAUUUUUUCGACCUUGUUACCGUUCCCUUUUUCUAAACCAGGUUUCAAAUUUCCACCUUCAUUACUGACACCAGAUGUACCCGUAGAAUCACUACCAGCAACACUGGAAACACUACUACCAGCUGGACCAGAACCGCUUCCUGCUUAAGAGUUAAGACACAUUAUAAUUCGUUUCCAACAGACAUAACCACAUUGUUAUAAUGAGCGUCACACCAAUUUUAAUUAUCAAGAUUAUAAUAUAAUAUUAAUAAAAGCAUAACAAAUAACAUUUAACCAAUUCUUAAUUAUACUUAAAUAGGUAGGUGUGUGCAUAUUUUUUAUUAGCUCAAUAAA